AAAAUGGAACUCAUCUAUAGUGUCCUUACUGAAAGUUGGACAAAGGAGAUAGAGGAGAGGAAACCUGAGAUCCUUCAACAACCAUGGAGGACAGUUGAGUGGAACCAUAGCACAAAAAUCAAUAUCAUGCAAUACCUAAAAGAUUACAAGCCCACUAUUGAUUCAGUGCCUCGGGCUCGGAUUCUUCUAAUUGGUGCAGUUGGUGCUGGAAAAUCGAGCUUCUUCAACUCCAUCAAUUCCAUCUUCCGUGGCAACAUUACAAGCCAAGCUAAUGCAGGUUACCAGGAAACCAGCCUGACCUUGCAGUAUCGCAUUUACCAGGUGAAGGCGGGUCGAGGUGGACAGCCUCUGGCAUUCCUACUGUGUGACACUAUGGGACUGGAACCAGCACCUAAUAGAGGGGUGGACACUGAGGAUAUUGUGGGCAUCCUGAAGGGCUACAUACCAGACGAGUACAAGUUCAACCCUAUGCAGCCAUUUCAAGCUCAAGCAUUCAACACAUUGGCUAAGGACAGGAUCCACUGUGUGGUGUAUGUGAUGGACAGCACAUCACCUGGACUUCUGCACCCAGAGACAAAGAAGAAAGUUGAUGAAAUCAGAAAGAAAAUUAACCAUGAAAAUGUCCCUGUAAUGGCACUACUGACCAAAGUGGACAAAGUGUGCCCUCAUGUGGAAAAGGAUUUGAAGAACGUGUACUACAGCUGCCACAUAAGGGAUCUGAUCAAAAAAGCAAGUGGAUGUCUGGGCAUUGCAGAGUCAAAUGUGCUUCCGGUGAAGAAUUACUCCAGUGAGACUGAGCUGAAUGACACCUCUGACAUCCUGCUCCUCAGCGCUAUGAAGCAGAUGCUCAACUUUUCUGAUAAUUAUAUAGACAACUUUGAUAAAGACACACAUUAGAGAGACAACAUGAAUUAAUCAGAAUUGGAGUCAGUGCUAUCGGCUGAUUUUGAUCGGCUGACUUUGUCAAGAGCUGCGGUCCAAGUUUUUGUAUCAUACACCAUGUAGGUGUAAUAAAUAAUCAGAUACAUUCUAACAUCAGUUGUAAUCAAUAAUCUGAUAUCAGAGGUGGACAUAUCAAGUCCAGAAAGUAAAAAUCCAAACCAGGAUUUAGUUUCAACCAACUAAUUGAGUAUAAAGAGUCACACACAGAGUGGUU